AUUUAAUUUGGAAAAACAAAAGCAAUUAAGACGAACGAAUACGCUAUAUAAUGUGUGGCCGAAUUUAAGCAUUUUAUCCCAAAAGAUCAAUUUGGGAGUUUUGAAUUCACAAACUUCGACAGACGAGAAGGGCCCACAAAUUUAUAGAUGUGCUCCCCCACGACCCCUCUAUGUUUUUCAUAGUGUGGCUUAAGAAAUAAGCACAAAAUUAAAAUUAAUUUAAGUAAAUAUCAUCGUAGAAUUGUUGGGAUUUGAUUUGAAAAGAACAAAUGUGUAUCAGAGCGGUGAAAAUAUAUAUUGGGACGAAACUGGGUUUUAACUUUUAACAUAAGUGAGAAAUUAGGUAGGGGGAGAAAAUGGCGGUAAGGCAUGUGGAAUGUUAGCCCGGCCACGUAGCGUGCUGUCCUUCACUCUCAAGCCUGUUGACGCUACACGUGAUCUCAGCUACCAGAACCCUUGUGCCCAGCCCAAUAUAUAUAUACCUCCAUCCAUCCAUCCAUCAUAGCCACACACAACACUUGAUAGCACACACCCACACACACUCAUAUCUUCUGAGAGGCCAACAUAAAUUUUAACAUGGUGAGCGUUGAGGAGAUCCGAAGAGCUCAGAGGGCAGAGGGCCCGGCCACCAUACUCGCCAUCGGCACAGCCACCCCUCCCAACUGUGUCGACCAGAGCACUUACCCCGACUACUACUUCCGCAUCACCAACAGCGAACACAUGACGGACCUCAAGGAAAAAUUCAAGCGCAUGUGCGAGAAGUCGAUGAUAAAGAAGCGUUACAUGUAUCUGACAGAGGAGAUCCUGAAGGAGCACCCAGAGAUGUGCGAGUACAUGGCCCCAUCCCUUGACCCCCGUCAGGACAUGGUGGUGGCCGAGGUCCCCAAGCUGGGCAAAGAGGCCGCCCAGAAGGCCAUCAAGGAGUGGGGCCAGCCGAAAUCCAAGAUCACCCACCUCGUCUUCUGCACCACCAGCGGCGUCGACAUGCCCGGCGCCGACUACCAGCUCACCAAGCUCCUGGGGCUCCGCUCCUCCGUGCGCCGCCUCAUGAUGUACCAGCAGGGCUGCUUCGCUGGGGGCACCGUCCUCCGCCUUGCCAAGGACCUCGCCGAGAACAACGCCGGCGCCCGCGUCCUCGUCGUCUGCUCGGAAAUCACCGCAGUCACCUUCCGAGGCCCAUCCGAGUCCCACCUCGACAGCCUCGUCGGCCAGGCGCUCUUCGGGGACGGAGCCGCGGCCAUCAUAGUCGGCUCUGACCCCGUUGUCGGAGUCGAGCGCCCGCUCUUCCAGGUCGUGUCGGCUGCGCAGACGCUGCUCCCGGACAGCCACGGGGCAAUCGACGGGCACCUGAGGGAGGUGGGGCUCACGUUCCACCUCUUGAAGGAUGUGCCCGGACUCAUAUCAAAGAAUAUUGACAAGAGUCUGAAGGAGGCGUUUGAUCCGCUCGGGAUCUCGGACUGGAACUCGGUGUUCUGGAUAGCUCACCCGGGAGGGCCGGCAAUACUUGACCAGGUAGAGGAAAAGCUCGGGCUCAAGCCCGAGAAGCUGAGGGCCACGAGGCACGUGCUGGGGGAGUACGGAAAUAUGUCUAGCGCCUGCGUGCUAUUUAUACUAGACGAGAUGAGGAAGGCGUCUGCCAAGGAGGGGGUGGGGUCCACGGGGGAGGGGCUGGAAUGGGGGGUGCUUUUCGGGUUCGGGCCUGGCCUUACGGUGGAGACCGUUGUCCUGCACAGCGUCCCCAUCAAUUGAUCAAUUUCAACGCUGUAUCCGCCUUUGCCUGUUUUUUCUUUAUUUUCUUCGUCUCAUGUUUGACGUGUUAUUAUUAGUGCAAUAUUAUAUUAUUAUUUUUCCGUCACCGCUUCCGUAAUGUGAAAUGUGAUUGCCUUAAUUUGAAUAUCAUUCUAUAAUAACGUCGAGUGUUGCCAAGUUAUUGUAAUAACAUAAAUCGUCUGUAAUAUUGUGAAGGCAUCAACAUCUUUUGUUACUGUGUGUUAAUUUUUUUACUUGUGUUUAACUAUUUUUACAUGAAUGAAAGUUAAACUUCC